AUGGCCCGUAGAAUGAGCUGGCGAGCCACAGUGGCUGCAAUUCUUACCAUCACUCCAACACUCACUCAUUCUGCCCCAUGCGAUGCCCAGCGCACUGGCAUGCUAUAUGCCGGUGGUUGUCCACUACCCGGCGUGUGCAGCUGGGGGACCUGCAACACCGUCACUAUCGAACUCGAUCCGUACAACUGCGGAAAGCGCAACAACUCCUGUGAAUCUGGACAGCUUUGUGUUGCUGGUGGAUGUUACUCCCUUGAUCCUAGGCCAAGCCCGCAGAACUGUUCUACACCCUGCCAACCCGGUCAAUGGUGUGCUAAUGGCAACUGUGCGCCUAUCGAGGUGAUGACCAACUCUCGUCGAUGCGGUAGUAACAGUACAGAAUGCGGUCCAGGAUCAUUGUGUGUCAACGAUGUAUGUCAACAGAUCGACAUCGGCUCAGACCCAGCGUCUUGCGGGGCUUCCAACCAAACCUGCAGCUCUGGAAACUGGUGUCUUGAUGGGACAUGUGUCCCAUUUAUCCUCGGAACCAAGGUUCAGUCCUGUAAAAGGACUAGCGAAUGCCCCUUCGGCGCUUCAUGUCGUGGUGGCCUCUGUCGCCAAAUCUCUAUCUCUGCCGACACAUACAAUUGUGGUGAAGGUGCUUCGAAGAACUGCACCGCCGGUCAACUUUGCAUUUCUGGGCAAUGCCAAUCCUUGAACAUCACCGCAGAGGCUGAAACCAAGAGUUGCGGACCUUCUAAACAAGGCUGCGAUCCUGGUUCUUACUGUUCAAAAGACAGGUGUUUGCCUUUAUCCGUCUCGAUUGACACCUCACAAUGUGGCAAUAACUCAUCACUUUGCAAGGGAGGUCAGAUGUGCGUCUCUGGCCAGUGCAUCGGUAAUAUAAUUGACAAAACAAACACCCUAAGAGUUGCUUGCGGUACUGGGUCUGGAGGACCUGGAGCACGUACCCCUGGAGAAACCCAGAAUGGAGACGAUAGUUCUCCAAGAGGAACGAGUGGCGAAAACGGUAGCAGCACUGAAAAUCCAAAUCAGCAAGAACCUUCUGCUGAUGACGAUGGUGCAAGCGGGGACGGUUCGGGAGACUCGCCCACUGGUGAUGGAGCGACUUCAGCUCGACCGCAAGGGAACUCCAAGGGAACCUCUGGCAGCGGUACGAGCGAGAACAGUCCAAAUUCUGACUCUAGCUCGGGAAAUGAUGGACAGAAUGAGGACGCCUCUUCGGGCCUGAGUAACCCCCAAGGACAGAAUGGCGCAAACAGCCCAGCCGCACCUACUUCUACCUGCAAUCCAGAAUGCACUGGUAACUCUGUCUGCAUUAACAGUCAGUGUUCUACUGUCCAGAGCUCUGCUUCUUGCGGCGCAUCGUCCAGCCGUCUUCUUCGUUUGUUGAAGCGCCAAGCGACAGCAUGCCAAUCAGGCUUCUCAUGCAUCAACAACGAGUGUGUCGCUACGACAGGGCCAGUGAACUGUGGUGCAUCAGGAGUCAACUGUCCACUCAAUUACGCUUGUAUACAGAACUCAUGCGUGGCACUUGAUGAUCCAUCCUCUUGUGGUGGUGAUGUCUGUGGCAGUGGCGAGGUUUGCUUGGGCAAUGUAUGCACACCAAACGUUGCUUUGGCUGGCUGCAACAACGUGUCUUGUGCCACCGGAGAAACUUGCCAGGCUGGAGCGUGUGUUGCUAUCGAUAAUACCGGUUCUGGAGGUACUGCCGACCCCCAGGUACCUGGUUCGGGCAGCGACACCACCACCAAUGGUGAUGGUGCCUCGUCUGGUGAAGGAGCCAAUACAAACCCAGGUGGGGGUCAAGGAAGUGGUGUCCCUGCAGACCCGGAGUCACAAAGCGGACAAGGCCAAGGAUCAGGAGGAGACACUCCAAGCUCCGGAACUGGCUCAUCAUCAGGAAACGACUCAGGAUCAGGCAGUGACAAUGGAUCUGGUAGUGGAACAAACUCUGGUACUGGUUCAACUUCAGGAAAUGGUUCAGGUGACGAGUCUACUUCCAAUGGCGGUGCCAGUGGCAACUCAAGUAAUGGAUCGAAUGACGGCAACGGAUCCGGUACAAGUUCGGGCUCAGGCUCAGGCUCGGGAGAUGACUUGACAGGCUCGCCUUCGGGUAAUGGCUCAGGUUCUGGUGGUGGCAGCAACGACAACGCUGGUACCGAGCCAGAUGCGGGAUCUGGUUCAGGUAGCGGAACAGGCGCAAAUGGAGACAACUCUGGGACAGACCCUCUAACUGGCUCACCUGCCGGUAACGGAUCUGGCACGGGGAAUGGUGACAAUACGGAUGGAAAUGAUGGCAAUUCUGGGACAGAUCCUGUUACUGGCUCGCCUGCUGGAAAUGGAUCUGGUUCAGGCUCUGGCGCUGGCUCUGGGGAUGGCGAUGAUGGAACUGGUGACAAUUCUGGUACAGAUCCUAUCACUGGUUCACCGUCUGGGAAUGGUUCUGGAUCUGGAGACGGCAACGAUCCCGAUACUAGUAGCAUGAUUUCCGAUGGCGCUGGUACGGGCCCAGAAAGCAGUACUAGCACAGUAGGAACUGGCUCAAGUCAGAGUGCUGGUCCUGAAGGAGACGAUCCUGGAGACGAUAGCACUGGAGAUGGUGGCGCUGGAGGUAAUGCCUCACAGACUGCACCACCGCCCAACCUCACCGGAGGACCUCAAGGAAAUGGUUCAGGUGGCAAUGGUGAAUCUGAGUCAAGUGAUUUAGAACCAUCCAGUAUACAAACAGACUCUGACCCUGCAGAGUCGAAUGGUGCAUCACCAUCCGGGGGUGAUGGUUCUGGAACAGCAGAUCCCACAGACGACCUAUCUCAAAGUUCAAUCCUAUCUGAAGGUGCACCUAUUGUCAACCCCGGUCCAACCUCAGCGAUACCCUCAAUAGAGGCAACCAGCACUAGUAUCGGACUUACUGGAGUUCCUCAGGGAAAUCCAUCAAGUCGAGACUCUGAAGGUAAUGGCUCGUUGACCACAGAUGUCAACAGCGACGGUAGUGGCUCGGAAUCCUCACCCACAAAUAGUGGUGAUGGAGAUGCACUGUCAACUCAGGAAUCUCAAACAGAUGGGACUUUGCCUACUUCUACGGCGGAUGGUACAGAUCCUGAAGACCAGACAACAGCAACCGGCAAUCUACCCUCCGAGACUGGCUCUGUCCCGUGUACUGUGGAUGGGGAUUGCAGUGGACUUUCUACCGGGUUGUGCGCACUCUCUGAUACAGCUUGUGUUUGCCUCGAUCUUAUUUGUCAACCGGAUCCUGGCGCUGGCGCUGGCAGUUCCUCUGGCGGCUCAGGUCAAGAAGCUGAGCCAACUAAUGGGCAGUCCACAACAGUCACGGACCCUGGCUCUUCACCUACCGACGGGUCCCUGGCGUCAUGCUCAGAGGAUAGCGACUGCAUCCUCAAUGUUGAUCUUUGUGUUGUCGCAGGAGUCAACAUUUGUGGUUGUGUAAAUGGCAUUUGCGUUGAGACCACCGACCCUGAUGGCGUUUCCUCACUGUCUGACAGUUCUACAACAACUUCCCAGACGCAGGACGCGGGCAAUCCAGAGCCCACAGAUGACACAGACGUCACAGCAUGUUCAGAAGAUGCCGAUUGCGUGGCAAAUGCUGCACUGUGUCUUGAUGGUUUAUUGAACCUUUGCGCUUGUGUUGAUGCUGUCUGCGUCUUGGCAACUGCUUCUGAAGACAACACUGUUUCAGCAACUGCCACGGCAUCUCAGACUCAGGAAACAAAUGGUUCUACACCUACUGAGGGUACUGAAACCACCAGUUGCAAUGAGGAUGACGACUGUGUUGCGAAUGCUGGUCUAUGCCUCAGUGGACUCUUGAACAUCUGCGCCUGUGUCGACGCUGUUUGCGUUCUUACCACUGACCCUGACGACGACGCUACAUCACAGACCCAAGACGCAGACUCUUCUACAGAAACAAAUGGCGCUGAGGUCACAGCGUGCAUUCAGGAUAGCGAUUGCACGGCAAAUGUGGGAUUAUGCCUUGACGGUCUCUUGAACCUUUGCACUUGCGUCAAUGCUGUUUGUGUCCAAGACACAACCCCCAGUAGUACUCAAUCUGCUGAUGGCGCAGACAACACGGCAACUCCUGGCGGAGAUGGGUCAAGCACUUCAGUAGCCUGUUCUUCAGCUGACGACUGUGUUGCCGAUACAUCAUUAUGCUUGCUAGGUGGACUCAAUCUGUGCAUCUGUCUGAACGCGGUGUGUGUUCUGGCCGACCCCAGUUCCAGCAACAAUGGAGAUGAUGGGGCUGGAUCAACUGACGUGGGUUUGAUCGGGACAAACCGACGAGUUUCGUGCACGGCAGAUAGCCAGUGUACAGCCGCCCUUGGACUGUCUGUACUGGGUAUCUACGCCUGUGUGGACCUCCUUUGCCAGCUUCAACCUACAGCAAGCUCCACGGAUGGAAGCCAGCCAGCCUCAGAAACAGGGCUGGAUAGCGUGCCGACGACUAUUGGUGCAGUGGAUUGCUCAACAGAUUCAGACUGCGUAGCUGCUAUCGGCGCUGACGCCUUGGGUCUGUUUGCUUGCAUCGAUCUUAUUUGCCAACAGACUGCAACAGCAACAGGAGCUAUUCCCUCGGCCACCGGAGCUCCUUCUGCAAAUAAUGCGGCUGACCGCGAAUGUUCUUCCGAUAACGAGUGCGCUGUAGCGCUUGGUGCGGGGGUUUUGGGCAUAUUUGCUUGUGUUGACGCUCUUUGCCAACGAGUUUCCAACACCAAUACCGGGUUUGCCACCGUCACGACUGGCACUACUCCUGCUCCAACUGGUGGCUCAGGCGAUACCUCUGUAAUCUGCUCUAGUGAUUCGGACUGCACAGUGGCAGGCGAGACAUGCUCUUCUGGUGUCUGUCGCGCGGCAACUUCAAGUACCGGUAGCGGAAAUGAUGGAUCGUGCAGCGACGCUACCGACUGCCUAUUAUCAGUCAACCCACUGUGUGCGGCUGGUCUUUGUAUCUGUCUCAAUGGCGUCUGCGGGCCUGACUCGAGCCAGAUAGACACCUGUACAUCAAACGCGCAGUGCGACAGCGGGAAAAUGUGUCAAGAAGGUGCGUGUGUCGACGAGGUUACCUGCGACACGCGACAAGACUGCGUAGUUGGCCUUGAUUUAUGCGCGUCAUUGGGUAUUUGUGUAUGUGUCAAUGGAUUGUGCCGCUUGCUAUGA